AUGGAUCCCAACGACCAGCCUUACGGGGGCAGCGAAGCUCCCGAUAAGGAGAAGAUGGAUCAGAUUCGAGCACGCCGACUCGCCAAGCUUGGCGCACCGAAACCCCAGCCAGACGACAGCAGCAGCAGCGCCGACGGCCAGGCCACGCCCAAGCCAACGACAGCAGACACACCGUCCGGCGAAGCCGCUCCCAAGACAAAGAUCAACAUCACACUCGCCGCCGCGGCUCCCGCGCGCUCUGGACCUAAUCCGUUCACGCAGCUCCGCAUGGACAAACAGAGCGACGCCAACCGCCCGGCUGGCUCGCCAGCCAGCAAUGCCGCGCCCCCGCGCAAACAGCCCUCGCAGCAGGCCGCUGAGACGGACGAGCAGUACGAGCACCGCAUCCUGACCAACGUCUUCCGCCUCUCCGUCGACCCCCACCACAUGAGCACCCCGCAGGGCGUCCGCCUCACCUUUCUGCCCAACCUCAACGAGGAGAUGAACGAGUCGGGCGAGCCCCUGCGGUUGUCGACGAGCACGCUAGACCAGGCCAUGAUCGAAGCAUGCAGCAACUGGCCCGAGGACAAGCCGCUCCUGAACUACCUGCUUCCUUGCUGGAAGCGCGCAGUUAAGCAGGCCGGCCAGAAGACGACGUCCCCGACGCGGCAGCAGCUACACGAGGAAGCAAAGAGAUUGUGCAUGAGCAACUGUCUGUUUGCUAUCACAAUGCCGGAUCUCUACGGUCGCUCUGCGAACCCCAACCACGAUACCAUUGCGCCACAGCUGCUCCGGCCACCUGCGGACGAAAACAGCAUCUGCUACGACUUCAUACAAGAGGCAAUCAAGAGGUUUGACGAAGACGAUGCGAUCCCAAACAUUUUCAGCGAUGCCAUGGUUCGCAUAAGUAACCAGCUCGGGACUAUAUCUAUGAACGAGGACUACAAGCCAUAUGUCCAGGCUUUGAUCGCCUACACACGAUUUCCCAUUCUCAUCACAAACCUCUCAAAACACGCCACCUUUAACAUGGCACAGUCUGCCGCGGGCAUCGAAAAGCACACUUUGCUAGGUCCCUUUUUCCGUCUCUCGCCCCUUCAGCCCGAGGUGAUCAAGAGCUACUUCCCAGGUGCCCGAUCGCUGGACAAAGGCCGCAUAACAAACGCGCAGGAAUCUCUUCGCAUGGUGUUGCGAACUCACCAAGACGACCUCUUCAUGAUUGCCAACGCCUUCAUAAGAGCAGGCGCAGACACAAGAGCUCGAACACUGGAUUGGUUCGCAUACAUCAUGAACACAAAUCACAAGCGAAGAGCUAUUCAGGUUGACCCUCGAGAAGUUGCUUCUGACGGUUUCAUGGUCAACAUUACCACAAUCAUGGAUCGAUUUUGCGAACCCUUCAUGGAUAACGACUUUAGCAAGGUGGACAAGAUCGAUAUCAAGUACCUGCGGCGCAACCCUCGUGUCGACAUCAAGGACGAAACCAAGAUCAAUGCCGAUCAAGCCACGGCUGACAAGUACUAUGAGACGAAAGAGGGCGGAGAAAGCAACUUUAUUUCAGAGGCCUUCUUCCUUACGCUCGCGGCCCAUCACUAUGGCAGCGAGGCAUUAAACUCUCAGCUCAAGAACCUCGACAGAGACAUCAAGUACCUGGAGACGCGGGUCCAGGCCAUGGAAGCAGAGCGCCCAAAGGUGGCCAAUAAUCCACAACAACUACGCCUUUUUGAGGAGACAGUGAAGCGCCAUGUUGCCGUCCUGGAAAGAACGAUUGGGCUGAGGCAUGCUAUUGAAGGUGUUUUACUUGAUGAGCGCAUGCAGAGCACAUCGCUCCGCUUCAUGCGCUAUGUUGCAGUCUGGCUGCUGCGCAUCGCCACUGGCCAAGACUACAAGCCCGGCAAGGAAAGCCAAGUCAUCAAGCUUCCACUGGCCGACCAGAACCAAGAGGCGUUUGCGUGCCUCCCCGAGUAUGCGCUGCAAAAUAUCGUAGACAACUUCAAAUUUGUCUUUAAGUGGCUACCUACCAUUCUCCCCAGUGCCGUUGGCGAAGAGAUGAUUGCCUUGUGCAUCACGUUUCUGCGCUCAUCGGAAUGGAUCAAGAACCCGUACCUCAAGUCUUCUCUAGUGUCAUUGCUGUUCUACGGCACGUGGAACUUUUUGCACCUGAAGAAGGGUGUUCUGGGCGACCAGCUCAUGUCGCUGCCUUUUGCCAACGAAUACCUUCUUCACGCGCUGAUGAAGUUUUACAUUGAGUGCGAGUCGACUGGCAACAAUGCCUUUUACGACAAGUUCAACAUUCGCUAUGAAAUCUUCCAAGUCAUCAAAUGCGUUUGGUCCAACGACGUGUACAAGCAGCAGCUCACGCGGGAAAGCAAGGUUAACCGGGGCUUCUUUGUACAGUUUGUCAACAUGCUACUCAACGAUGCCACUUAUGUCCUGGACGAAGCACUCAGCAAGUUCCCCAAGAUGCGCGCCUUGGAAAUCGAGCUCAAGGACCAGAGCCUCUCGGCAGAAGACCGCCAAAAGAAGCAGGAAGAACUGCAGACUCUCGGCAGCCAGGCCACCUCGUACAUGCAGCUCGCUAACGAGACGCUCGAGAUGAUGAAGCUCUUUACCAAUGCCCUCAGCGACGCCUUUACCAUGCCGGAAAUCGUAUCGCGCCUGGCCAGCAUGCUCAACUACAACCUCGAGACGCUCGCGGGCAAAAAGGCGGCGGCGGAGCUCAACGUCGAGAACCGCGAAAAGUACCACUUCCGCCCCAUCCAGCUGCUGUCCGACUUUGUCGAGAUUUACCUGCACCUCGGCCGCUCGCCCGUCUUCAUCGACGCCGUCGCCGCCGACGGCCGCUCUUUCAAGCCCGAGGUGCUCGACCGCGUCACAACCAUCCUCACCUCGCGCCACCAAAAGGACCCGUCCGACAUGGCGCGCUGGGAAACGCUCAAGGCGCGCUUCAGCGACGCCAAAAAGGUGCUCGACCAGGCCGAGCUCGACCUCGGCGACGUGCCCGCCGAGUUUGAGGACCCCAUCAUGGGCGACCUCAUGCGCGAUCCCGUCCUGCUCCCCAGCAAGCACAUUGUCGACCGCUCCACGAUUGUGCAGCACCUGCUCAGCGAUCCCAAGGACCCCUUUACGCGCCAGCCCAUGACGGUCGAGGACGCGCUGCCGCAGACGGAGCUCAAGGAGAAGAUUGAGCAGUGGCGCGCGGAGAAGAUUGCAGAGGCCAGGGCCAAGCUGGUCGCCUCGCAGCAGGUGGAGGAGAAGCCGAGCGCAGGAGCGGAGGCGAUGGAUACGACGGAGGGGUAA